AUGGCCAAAUUUUCCAACCAUUCAUCACUUCCCUCACCAUUUCAACCAUUUAUCGUCAUACUCGUCAUCGUCUUCUUCCUUUUCCAUACGAUCACAACAUCAUACUCUGCGACUUUAUUGAACGUUUUGGAUUUUGGCGCCAUACGCGGCGGGGGACGGGAUUCGAGCCCGGCCUUUCGCCGUGCAUGGGCAAAGGCUUGCAUGUCGUCGGAAUCCACAAUUGUUUACGUUCCAAAGGGGAGGUUUUUGGUUCGGCCGAUUGAGUUCCACGGCGGGUGUGGCAACAACGAUAUUAGUUUCCAUAUCGACGGGGCUCUGGUUGCACCGUCCGAUUACCGUAUCCUUGGCGACGUCGGAAGCUGGCUGAGCUUUGAUGGCGUUGAUGGCGUUACUUUGAGUGGUGGAGUUCUUGAUGCCAACGGCGCCGCCUUGUGGGACUGCAAAGCCUCCGCCGACCACUGCCCCGUCGGAGCCAUGACACUGAAUUUUAGGAACUCGAACAAUAUAAGGAUUAGAGGGAUGAUGUCCAAAAACAGCCAAUUAUUCCAUAUAUUGAUCGAUGGAUGCAAGAACGUGUUGGUGGAAGGAGUGAAUAUCGUGGCCCCGAGUCAUAGCCCUAACACAGAUGGCAUCCACGUAGAAACAUCCACGCACGUGACUAUCGUUAACUCUAUCAUCCAAACGGGAGACGAUUGUAUUUCCAUCGGCCCUGGGUCCCGUAAUCUGUGGAUCCAACGUAUCCGAUGUGGACCUGGUCAUGGCAUUAGUAUAGGAAGCUUGGCACACAACAAGAACGAGCCUGGGGUGCGAAACGUCACCGUUUCGAAUGCAAUUUUCUCAGGAACGCAAAAUGGGCUGAGAAUAAAAUCAUGGGCCAGGCCCAGUUCUGGAUUUGUGUACGGAGUCCAAUUCCUUGGUGCCACCAUGCAUAAUGUCCAAAACCCUAUUCUCAUUGACCAACACUACUGCCCGCACAACCUAAACUGCCCCGGUCAGGAGUCGGGAAUCAAGAUCAGCAAUAUAAUAUAUAAAGACAUCGUAGGAACUUCAGCCACACCAAUCGCCAUAAAGUUUGAUUGUAGUUCGAGAAACCCUUGCAAUGGCAUAAGGCUCGAGGAUGUUCGCUUAACUUACCAAAAUGAAGAAGCCAAGUCUUCAUGUGAAUAUGCCAAUGGUAAAGCCUUGGGUUUGGUUCAACCAAAUGGUUGCUUUUCUUAA